AUGGCCUUUGAAAUGUCUUUCCCUCUAUUCUUUGGACCAGUUCUUCCUAGAGAGUCCCUGAACAGCAAUAUCUCUGGGACCCGGACCUGGGCAACUAACUUCAUAGCCAUGGCCACCAAAUUCCAAGUUGAAGUGGUUGUUGAGUGUUUCCCUCCAUUUCCAGUGAUUCAUCAGCACAACACCUUGGAAUCACCCUGCCUGAAUCACCUGAGGAGGCAGCGAGUCUCUACAAUGUAUCAUGGCAGCCUCAUCUCACUCUACCUCUGCCUCCAGAUUGUUACAGGAGCAUUCCAAAUCCAGGGGCCCCAUGAACCUAUGGUGGCCAUGCUGGGUGGUGACGCUGAGCUGCGCUGCCUACUCUUGCCUCAUCAAAGUGUUAAAAAUAUGAAAAUAAGCUGGACUCGAUUCCUACCCUCCCAGGUGGUGCACCUAUAUGAGGAUGGGAGGGACAAGCCUGAGGAAGCCCAUGAGGAGUAUUUUGGAAGAACAGAGCUUGUGACAGACUAUAUGGAUAAGGGGGCUGUGACCCUGAGAAUCCUCAAUGUCCAACCUUCUGACAGCGGCCAAUAUCGCUGUGCAUUCCAACAUGGCUCCUUCUACAGUGAUGCAAUUAUUAUGCUGAAAAUGGAAGUUCUCGGCUCACGUCCUCAGUUGCAUGUGGAAGUCACUAAGUCCAGCCAAUUCCAAAUAGAGUGCAAAUCAGAGGGCUGGUUCCCUCAGCCAAAGGUCCAGUGGAUGGACUCUGAGGGAGAAGAAAUUCCAGCUGAGUCUGAGACUCAUACCCUGGAUGAAGGUGGCUUGUUCCAUGUAACAACAUCACUGUUACUCAGAGAACCUCCUCAGAAGAAUCUGACAUGUUCUAUCUGGAACCCAGUUCUGAAUCAGAAAAAAGAAGAACGAUUAUCCACAGAAGGUCAGUUUUCUCUCCCUCUUCACUAUGCCCACAAAAUGGGCUUGAUGCUCACACUCCAUAAAGGUGGCAGCUCUAAGCACACAAGCUUGGUUCUGCUCUCUUCAUCACACCCACACUAG